AUGGAUGCCGCGGGAAAACAAAAACUCCAUAUACGCUCAUGCUCUAGUAAGACCUGUAGUUGCCGUAAGCGUCUAGCGGCCGGAACUGUCGAUUCAUAUAUAGAGAACCUUAUAUCGAUUUUCAAUAGGUUAGGCCGUACGGGGUUUUCUAACUUUUUAGCACAUCCUUGUGUUAAAGAAUAUAUUAUGUUUGUAAGAGAGGAGAAAGCUCAGCGACCUUUGUAACCUUGUCAGGCUGUCCCUUUGUUCUAUGACAAAUUCACCCGUUUAAUUGCCUAUCUUCGCGGGCUUAUUGCCGAAGGCUCUGUGCUGAGAUAUAACUUUCUUUGUUACAGACUUUUACACCGGUGA